AACCCUCUCUCGUUACGAGGGCUCUCAGCUGAGCUAAGCUUGUCAAAGCUCGAAACUUUUCGCCGUUUGAGAUCUGGGUUUUCAAGCAUUUCGGUGGUUGUUGAGAGAUCUCAAAGGGGUGUGAAGAAAUGGGAAGCAAAUGGAAGAAAGCGAAGGUGGCUCUGGGGCUCAACCUCUGCAUGUUUGUUCCCAAGACCUUAGACGACAGUGACUCAUCUCCGUCGCACACGGAGGUUUCCGAGAGGCUGUCAAACGCAGCGCUGCUUCCGGCGGCGGAGAACAUGGACAUGGGUUCUUCUACGCCAACAGCGCCGGUUCCGUCGUUGAAGCUGUCGAGAAGUGUCAGCAGCAGCAAGUCUUCAAAGCAAACUUGCGCAAUAUGCUUAACCAAAAUGAAACAAGGAUCUGGUCAGGCUAUAUUCACUGCUGAGUGUUCACAUUCCUUCCAUUUCCACUGUAUUGCUUCGAAUGUGAAACAUGGAAACCAAAUAUGUCCAGUGUGCAGAGCAAAAUGGAAAGAAAUACCUUUCUCGGGUCCGAGUUUGGAUCCUAUACAGGGAAGAAUGUCACCUAGUCCAAUAAAUUGGCCCCAGAAUGAUGCUUUGAUGGCCUUGGUCCAUCCAUUACCUCUACCUCUACCUCAUCCUCCUCGACGAGACCUGAGUAGGCGGCAUAUUGUUCCCCUUUACCAAGAGCCAGGCAUAUUUAAUGAUGACGAAUCAUUGAAUCAUGAAACCGUAGUUUCUGAGAGAAGUCCUUGCAAUAAGAGUACUGAAGAUAACGAUUCUAUUAGAGAAUUGGAGAUUAAAACAUAUCCGGAAGUUUCUGCUGCUCCUGGGUCCAAUAGUUAUUCUAAUUUCACAGUUCUGGUUCAUCUCAAAGCUGCUACUGCUUCUACAACAGCGGCUGAAGCCGGGAGUCAAAAUGUCAGUAGAAACCAGCCUAGCUUGACACAGAUUUCUCAGACUCCUCGUGCCCCUGUUGACCUGGUCACAGUGCUUGACAUCAGUGGUAGCAUGGCUGGAACCAAGCUGGCACUACUGAAAAGAGCUAUGGGAUUUGUUAUACAGAACCUUGGCUCUAAUGACCGCCUUUCCGUUAUUGCUUUCUCUUCCACAGCCCGCCGUCUCUUUCCGCUGUCAAGGAUGACGGAUUCCGGGCGGCAACAGGCUUUGCUAGCUGUUAAUUCUUUGGUUGCAAAUGGGGGCACUAAUAUUGCCGAAGGGUUAAGAAAAGGUGCUAAGAUAAUGGAAGACCGAAAAGAGAAGAAUCCAGUUGCCAGUAUUAUACUACUAUCUGAUGGACAAGAUAAUUACACCGUCAAUGGCCCUGGAACUAACCAACCUCAACCAAAUUACCAGUUGCUUUUGCCUACUUCUCUCAGUGGUCGUGAUAAUUUGGGCUUUCAGAUUCCCGUGCAUGCUUUUGGAUUUGGCACAGACCAUGAUGCUUUAUCAAUGCACUCAAUUUCGGAGAUGUCUGGUGGUACAUUUUCUUUCAUCGAGACAGAAGCUGUGUUACAGGACGCCUUUGCUCAAUGCAUUGGAGGACUUUUGAGUGUUGUUGUUCAGGAGCUGCAGGUGGAAAUUGAGUGUAUACAUCCAAAUCUUAGUCUUUCUUCCCUAAAGGCAGGGAGCUACCCAAGCCGUGUCGGGGCCGAUGGACGCAAAGGUUUUAUUGAUGUUGGAGACCUAUAUGCUGAUGAAGAGAGGGACUUUCUAGUUUCAGUUGAUGUCCCAGCUACAUCCAGCAAUGAAACAGCAUUGCUUAAGGUCAAAUGUGUUUACAAGGAUCCCUUAACUCAGGAAACAAUGACACUGGAAAGCGAAGAAGUUAAAAUCGAAAGGCCUGAGCAGGCUGGGCAGUUUGUAAUGUCACUUGAGGUAGAUAGACAGCGAAACAGGCUCCAAGCAGCUGAGGCAAUGGCCCAGGCACGGCUUGCAGCCGAACAGGGAGACCUUUCUGGCGCGGGGCUAAUCCUCGAAAACUGUCGAAAGAUGCUUGCGGAGACCAUUUCUGCUAAGUCACAUGACCGCCUCUGCGUUGCAUUGGAUGCUGAACUCAAGGAAAUGCAAGAGAGGAUGGCAAGUAGGCAUGUGUACGAAGCAUCUGGGAGAGCAUACAUCCUUUCCGGAUUGAGUUCACACUCAUGGCAACGAGCAACAGCAAGAGGUGAUUCUACUGAUAGUUCAAGUCUUGUUCGGGCAUACCAGACCCCAUCAAUGACCCAGAUGCUUACUCGAUCUCAGGCCAUGUUGCUAGGUAGUCCAUCAGGCCAGAGGCUUCUUCAGCCUCUGCUGUCGUUCCGAUCACAACCAAGCCCAAGGUAAAUAAAAUCCAACAGAGAAUUUGUGAAAAUCAUCUUGAACAUCAGCCUUGGCAAUGAUUUUCCCUUUUUUUUUUUGCUUAUAAAAGAUCUGGGGAGGGUGGUAAACAGGAGAGAAACAGAAGAAUUUCUUUGAGCCGUGAUUUUGCUGUUUAAUAUAAUGUAUAAAUGAAUAAAAGAUGAGGAAAGGGUUAAGGGUGGAGGGGUUACAAAUUUUACAUUCAAUGGAGAAAAGGGGAGUAGAUAGCAAUUUACUACAUUAUGUUUCUUCUAUUUUGGGGGGUUUAAGGUUUUACUUUCCUCUGAUUAUGUGGUUUUGGUGUACAUAGAGAAGAAUGGUUUUUUAUUUUCUGGGACACCUUGGGGUAUAAAGUUUGUAAUUGUGCAAAUGUGCAAAUGGUUGGGGAUCUCAUCAGUAUAAUAUAAUAUGUUUUCAAUUCUUUAUGUUUU